AUGUCGACCACCAUUGAAAAGAUCAAAGAGAUCGAGUCCGAGAUGGCUCGGACUCAGAAGAACAAAAACACCUCCUUCCACUUGGGCCAGCUGAAGGCAAAACUUGCUAAGCUGAAGCGAGAGCUAUUGACUCCGACCAGCGGUGGUGGCGGCGGCGGUGCUGGUUUCGAUGUCGCGCGGACUGGUGUUGCCAGUGUUGGCUUUAUCGGUUUCCCAUCCGUCGGGAAGAGUACUUUGAUGAGCAGGCUGACAGGCCAGCACUCGGAAGCUGCCGCCUAUGAGUUCACGACCCUCACGACUGUCCCCGGUCAGGUCAUGUACAAUGGUGCUAAGAUUCAAAUUCUUGAUCUGCCUGGUAUUAUCCAAGGUGCCAAAGACGGCAAAGGUCGUGGUCGACAAGUCAUUGCAGUGGCCAAGACUUGCAAUCUGAUCUUCAUCGUUCUCGACGUGAACAAGCCCUUGGUCGACAAACGGGUCAUUGAGAAUGAAUUGGAGGGGUUUGGCAUUCGAAUCAACAAGUCACCACCCAACAUCGUGUUCAAGAAGAAGGACAAGGGUGGAAUUGCGAUCACAAACACCGUGCCGUUGACGAAUAUCACCCCCGAGGAGAUCAAAGCCGUGAUGAACGAGUACAAAAUUUCGUCUGCCGAUAUCUCAAUUCGGUGUGAUGCCACCAUUGACGACUUGAUUGACAUUCUGGAAGCCAAGAGCCGCAGCUAUAUUCCGGUUGUCUAUGCUCUGAACAAGAUCGAUUCCAUUUCUAUUGAAGAAUUGGAUCUUAUUUAUCGGAUCCCCAACGCUUGCCCUAUCAGUUCGGAGCACGGAUGGAACGUUGACGAGCUGAUGGAGAUGAUGUGGGAGAAGCUCCAGCUGCGCCGAAUUUACACAAAGCCCAAGGGCAGGGCACCUGACUAUAGCGCACCCGUUGUGCUCCGGUCCAACGCGUGCACUGUCGAGGAUUUCUGUAAUUCUAUUCACCGCACAAUUAAGGAUCAAUUCAAACAAGCCAUCGUGUACGGCCGCUCCGUGAAACACCAACCGCAGCGAGUUGGUCUCUCGCACGAGCUUAGCGACGAGGAUAUCGGUGCGUGA